AGCGGACACCGGGGCGGGUGGUGGCAUCGCCCCAGCUGCUUGGCACUUUUCUAAGUGAGCGCUGGGGGCUGAGGCUGGGGGCCCACCCACAGCAAGGCUGCAUCUCACUCCCUCUGUGUGCUGUGCACAUGGGGGUCACCGCUGAGCGGUGGGGAGCUGUGGCCCAGGGCUCAAGUGUGGCCUCUCUAGACUUUAGGGCUCACCUGCACCAGCUUUCUGCCCUCACUGCCCCGAGGGCGAGCCCACUCCUGCCCAAGCACAGUGCGGUGGCCCUUUCAUGUCCCAGACCCAGAGCACACAGUUCAUUCUAUACAGGGGCCAGGCCAGACCCCACAGCACACAGUUCAUUCUAUACAGGGGCCAGGCCAGACCCACAGCACACAGUUCAUUCUAUACAGGGGCCAGGCCAGACCCCACAGCACACAGUUCAUUCUAUACAGGGGCCAGGCCAGACCCCACAGCACACAGUUCAUUCUAUACAGGGGCCAGGCCAGACCCACAGCACACAGGUUCAUUCUAUACAGGGGCCAGGCCAGACCCACAGCACACAGUUCAUUCUAUACAGGGGCCAGGCCAGACCCCACAGCACACAGUUCAUUCUAUACAGGGGCCAGGCCAGACCCCACAGCACACAGUUCAUUCUAUACAGGGGCCAGGCCAGACCCACAGCACACAGUUCAUUCUAUACAGGGGCCAGACCCCACAGCACACAGUUCAUUCUAUACAGGGGCCAGGCCAGACCCACAGCACACAGUUCAUUCUAUACAGGGGCCAGGCCAGACCCCACAGCACACAGUUCAUUCUAUACAGGGGGCAGACCCACAGCACACAGUUCAUUCUAUACAGGGGCCAGACCCACAGCACACAGUUCAUUCUAUACAGGGGCCAGGCCAGACCCCACAGCACACAGGUUCAUUCUAUACAGGGGCCAGGCCAGACCCCACAGCACACAGUUCAUUCUAUACAGGGGCCAGGCCAGACCCCACAGCACACAGUUCAUUCUAUACAGGGGCCAGGCCAGACCCACAGCACACAGUUCAUUCUAUACAGGGGCCAGGCCAGACCCCACAGCACACAGUUCAUUCUAUACAGGGGCCAGGCCAGACCACACAGUUUAUUUUGCACAGAGGGUGGGGCCAGACCCCCAGCACACAGUUCAUUCUGUACAGUGGGUGGGGCCAAACAGCCCGGGGGGUCUGCUGGUGGCUCGGGUGCUUACCCUCGGGUAAAAACAGGCUCAGGUCAUGCUCCCGGGAAGAACCCGCCCCACCCCGUGCUGCUCAGUCCUGACAGCUCGUGCUGGGCACGGCCAGGCUGCGUCAACAGCCGUUCUGUGAAGGGGCACAACCCAGGAGGAGCCUGGCCACUGGUGCAGGGCUGUCUUGUCUGGAGGCUCACUUCUGCCUCAGCUUUUUGA